UCUCUCGCGUUACAAAACCGGAAAAGCACUGUUAGCAAUAGCAUUCGGCUAAAAACACAGGAUUCUGAUCCGCUAGGGGACUGAUCAGAAAUCGUCUCAAUCAGAUAUUCAUAUCGAUUACAGUCGAAUGAUCGAGAAAACACGCAAUGGAUGACAGUAAGAUAGUGGCUGGUAAAGUGAAGAAACCGGGCAAACGCGGCCGCAAACCUGCCAAGAUCGACCUGAAGGCCAAGCUGGAGCGCAGCAGGCAGAGCGCCCGAGAGUGCCGAGCCCGCAAGAAGCUGCGAUACCAGUACCUGGAGGAGCUGGUGUCCAGUAAAGAGAGAGCCAUCUGUGCCCUGAGGGAGGAGCUGGACAUGUAUAAGCAGUGGUGUCUGGCCAUGGAUCAGGGGAAGAUUCCUUCAGAAAUCAAGGCUCUUCUGACGGGAGACGAGCAGAAGACGCCUCAGAGCUGCAGCAACAAGACGACCAAGAACAGCAAAUACAGCUCCAGCAGCGGCAUCUAGAGACACGCAGGAGUGUGUCCAUCUUCAUGACAGAACACACACACACACACAUUACUGCUCAGCACAGAGCUUGGAUCAGCUUCUCUCUCGUCAUUCCUCCACAGUAGUGUGUGUGUGUGUGUGUGUGUGUGUGUGUGUGUGUGUGUGUGUGUGUGAAGUGCUGAUGUUCUGCAUCAUCUAUUAACACUAUUUAUUUAUUGUGCUGCAGAUCUGAGGCUCACUCGCGUUACUAGCGCUGGGCAAACCGUCAUCUCCAUCAAUAUCGCAUAUGAGAUAAAAGCUUGUUCUGCCAUCAU